AUGAGAGGGCCCGAUUCUCGACGUGGUCGUAGGCGCGAUGUGACUUUGUCGUAUGAGAAGACUUAUCCAUGGGAGGACGAGCGUGGGUCUACAUUAGAUCGUACGAUGGAGGUCAAUGCAGAGGCUAAGCGUGUGUAUACAAUGCAAGAACAAUUGCUACCAACGCUUCCGCUUGAUCGACCGAUGGACCCCGCAGCAAGUGAGCAUCUAAAAGAUGUAGGGCGUCGAGUUUUGAUUCUUCGUGAUACUACCAAGAGAGCACGGAUGAAUGGAAUGCUAAGUCCAAAGAAGUCGCCGAAGCGUGUGAUUCCGAGUCGAUUCCCUGAAAUUGCACCGGACUUGGAAGAAGAUGCAGGCGAACCAGAUCGAGUGCAAGAAGAGGAAGACCCCGUUGCGACAGAAGGCCGGAUCGCUACAAUGUUAAUGGACCAAGAAUGGGAUACGCGAGGUUGGAACUCUACCAAGAUCAAGUCGGCGGUGGAGACUUUGUACGAAGAGAUUGAACAUUCCGAGGAUGAUUCACGACGCGAACUUGCUACUUCCAUGCUACUUCGUCUAAUAGAGACCCAUGAAGAUGCUGUGGACUACGUCGAGACUUCCUUACCAAGUCUGACCAACAAAGCCUUCCGGACAUUGUCGAAAUUCACGGACAAUAUCAAGAUCUUUCGCAUGGCUCGACUUGUUGCGGUGCUAGCCGAAUGGUUUGCACACGUUUUAUCAAAUGAAAGUGCAGCGAACAAGAGCAUCGGGUGUUUACUCCGCGAGACCGAGUUAUGCGCACGUAUUCUCCAGCAUCAUUGGCGUGGAGUGCUUUUCGAACGCUCUCUAAACCAGCGUGACUGCGAUCCGAUAGCCCGAACUCGGCUGCGUUCCAUGUACAUGAUCAAAUUCGUCGAGUUACGCCACCAAUUUAAGGUGUUUCGCGAAGCAAUUGGACCUGGUGGGAUUCCUGACAGCGCCACACAGGCGUACAUCACUAUUUUGUAUUAUUUGGUAAAGUUACAACGCGGACCUGAUGCGAUAUCGGAUAAAACCCGUAACACUGUGCUGUCGGAUCAGAGGCGAAUACUGGGAUCAGGCUUACUGGUAUGUUUGGCGUCACGAAUCACCAGACGCCAAAGCCGUGAAGUGAUUGAAUUGGUGAAAGGAAUUGUGUCAAAUAUCAUCGAAGGCCAUGGAGAUGAGUACAUUGUGGGAAUUCUUCAGUGCAACAUCGUGCAGAGAUUGCAACUAGACUUGGUGCAUAUCAUGCAAACGGAUGGUAACAGCACUGCUGCUACUACCACUGCACUUACAACUUCGCUUAAUUUGCUGCACUCCAUAGCCACAAAAGUUCUUCAAGCGACAGAGCAGUGGGGGCAACCAAUUGCCCAAAGAACACCAACAAGUCCGUCUCGUAAAAGAACGCCCUCUCCUGUGCAAGAUCUACAUAAUGUUGAGACUCCAGCGGAGCGGAACUUCAUGAUGCGAAAGCUGAAGACGUCAGUUCGUCAAUUUCUGCUAACUGCGGAUGUCUUUGAUACGCUGUUCGAAGUUCUUGGUUACUGCCAAGAUAAAAAUGACGCCUUGCGAGCUAAAGUAUUGGAAAUCCUGCGUCUGCUUGCUCGGUCAUUGGGUUUUUCUCAACUGCUUGAUGCGUUGACUCGAUGUGGAGGUCGAUGGCUUGAGCUUGUUCUGAUGUGUAUGAAAGAUACCAACCUGGUAGUUGUUCAGGCUGCAGUGACUUUAUUCUACGAAAUGACUGGCCGUACUGAUGCCCGUCACGGACUUACGACAGCAGGUGCUAUGCAGUUUUUCAUGCGUUGGUGUCGACCCAGUCUCAAAACCUGUGAAUCGCGUAUGGCGUUCGUAAUGGGACUCAUAGGCUGCGCAUUACUGGCAAGACAAACGGAGCAAGUGAAACCAGCCACAGCUCUACUUGCAGCGCUAACGACCUUCGAAGAGCGGCUAGAUGCGUUAUACACGCUCUUACUGGACCUGGCAAUGCAAGAUGACUCUUCACCACGUACCUCAGAGAAGACUGCCUCUUUCUUCUUCUCCGUCGAUGCCUUGCCGACACUCGUGAAGUUUCUAACUCAGGUAUCACCGAGUUGUAUGGAGUCUCCAGUCCAAAAUUCUCGACAGCGCAAUAUCAGCUGCAUAUUACUCGGUCGUUUGUGUAAAGUUGGUCAUGUAACUCGAGCGUGUUUCUCCGAGGAUGUCGUCAAUCAUCUCGCACUUUCGAUUCAAUGCAAUCGCCUGGAUGAAAUCGAGGGGUUAUUGGCACGUAGCUCAUACGAAGAUCGAUUUGUCCAUGAACUUGGCUCAAAAGAGGCCUGCAAGGCGCUUAGUCGACUAGCACGAUGUCCGAGUACCAUGGUGGAUGCACGGCUUCGACCCUCUAUCACUUCAGCUCAAGUACCUGAAUGGCCCCAAGCCUUAAUCUGUGACGUUAUGUUUCGAAUGCACGUGUUGGAAGACUUAAUCGCGCUCAUCCGAAUGCCAAGUGAUGCAGCAGAAUUUCCCGAUGUCGAACUAAACAAAGUUGUAGCUGCAGUGGAAUUGGCCGGGUAUAUUCGGCCGCUGCCUUACGGAGAAAGUGGUCGAGAGAAAUUCCUGAAGUCUCACGUGAACCAUCCGUACGGAAAAUAUGCCCAAGAAAAACUGCUGCAGCUUGUUGAGUUGGUCGCCCCAGCCAUUUUGCACAUCCUCCGCAACAAAAGUGCCGGAUUCGAUCUCGUUAGUGCGUGCUGCGUAGCUCUCAGUCGACUGGCAUGUACGAAUGCUGCGUGCACUAUGCUGCUAGCUCAAGGUUGUUUGCAAGCAGCGUUGACUCAUUUACCCGAAAUUCUGAUCUCGACUGGAUCAGGAGUAUCUCCGAAGCGACAAAGUGUCGAGUUUGGUUCAUCAGUUGAUGAUCAUGGACUUCUGGAUGUACCUGCUCCACUCUACAUGCUGUUCGGUAAGCUGUGUGCAGUUGCGGACGGACGAACUGGAGUAAUGCGUGCACAGGUGCUUCAUCGUCUUCUCAAGCGAAUGCAAAUGAGGCAUCCAAGCUCGCAAACGGUUGAUGAUGAGUGCAAAAGUGAGAUUGCUGUCGUUAUUUCACGGCUUGCAAUGGUUAAUGCCGUGGAGGGAAGCACAGGCGAGCUCUUUUUACACUUCAGAGUGUUGGAGCUGCUCACAAAGGUAUUACAACAGCAUCGAAGUCUUGUACUGACGCAAAACUCAGUGUCAUCAUCAAAAAAGAAAGAAGAAGUGAAAAAAUGGAGACUUUUGGUGCAUUCUGUAGGCGCGAUUGCAGCGCUGAGUCAAGAUGUACUCGUGUGUGUGCCUCGCGUAGUGGCACUUGGUAUUGUCGAGUUAUUGUUCCCAUUCCUCACACGACGUCGAGUGGACGGAGGCUCAAAUCCUCAACUCGAGUCGUUGCAGUACGACGCCGUGACUAUUAUCCGAUCUGUUGCGUCGUAUCCAUUUGGAGAGUAUCAUGCUUAUCUGGCAAACGUAAAGGGUACUGUUCCCGAGAUUGAUGAUGCAAAGAAGAAGGCAAACAACAAAGCGACGGCACCACCGACGUUGAUAAUGGAGAGAGUGAAGCAAAUCGCCUUCGAUUUCGCGAUGGAACUGAAGAACAAACCGAUGGCUUUGAGAGACAAAAAAUCUGUAGGAGAACUUGCACGGGAGACCAUGGCUUUCAUUAAUGAGCAUCAGCAACGACUAGAGCGACAACAAGAACAACGUAGGAAGUCAAGUGUGAAGAAUGCAGAUGAAUCCAAAGGAAAACACUCAAGAUUAACACAAAAGACUAGCCCAAGUCUGAAAAACUCACCUCAAACUCGUGCUUCAUUCCCGACUCUGCCGAAAUCUCCGAUAGGACGCUUGGAUGAGAUUUACGAAGCCCGGAAAUCGAUAGAAGUUGCUAGUACGACUACCUUAGAGUCGCCAUUGAACGCUGCUCCAUCGGUUCUAGUAGUUGACGGGGGAUUAAAAUCUCCCGUAACGUUGAACGGAGUGAAUCUUGCAUCGACCAGACCUACAGGGAACAAUAAACCGCGUUCUGCGCCCGAGUCACCCCCUCACCAUCACUAUGUGUUCACUAGACCAAAGCCGAAGGCCAAGCGACGAGAUAAAGACCCAGGGUACUGCUUAAUGCUGGACCCCCUAUUUGACUCCGGUAGUUCCUCGUCAAUUCUCAGAAAACUACCAAGGACACCAGAUGAAUUGCAACAUCCCAGCGAGGACGAAACAUUUAACUACAGCUACAGAUUUUCUCAGGAAGUUGAUCGUUUUGGCCAUUUCGCAAAUGUUCAAGCGCGUCGCAACAAGAAAGGAGAUCGAUACUUCCCAUCACUAGGACGAAUUUUCACCUCUGCACCUUUAUCCCCUGAUGCCUACAAGCGCCCAGCAGGUCUACCACCGCAGUAACGUGAACAUACACCAGAAGACUGAGAUAAAACCAACCCUCUAUUAAAGCGAAGCAAAGAAGGGAAAGCUAUCUGAUCAAUCAAGCAGGCUUAAGGGUUAUAGCCAUUUUCUCCGGUUUGACGGGCCGUGGAGUUGCUAUUGGAGCCAUAGGUGUUCCUGUUGGCACUGCGAGCUAGAAGCCGCUGCGAGAUGUCACUUCCGCUUCCACUGCGACGAAUCAUGGGACUCUGGCGAUACACCACUUUUCCACGGCGCUUGCGCAUGAGGUGCGUCUUCUGGAGCGAAGGUGACGCGUACAUAGGCGACUUCUCCACCGACUCAGUGCCGCGUUUGCGUUCCUCCUUCUCGGAAUGGUACACCAGUAAGCCCAUAACUAGCACGAAAAGAGCGAAGCCAUCGUAGAUAGUGAACGCCUGACUGGCAGCUUUACCGGUGAGAAGAGGAAUCAUGUACAGCAGAUCCGUAAGCGGGAGACCCACAGCCGAUGAAACCACGAAGAGAACGCUGCUGCCUUCCUUGAAGAUGUACAACAUAAGCUGGUUGUACAUAGUGUUGAACACAAUGAAGACCAGGAAGACCGCCAGCACACCGGAGUCACAUGGCAAGUCCUUGCCAUUCAGCUCCACUUCGUUUCCGAUGAAACAUUCGUGAGCCUUCCACACAUAAGACGGGAAGUCUGCCCAGGGCACUGGUGGAUCGCUGAACGCUCUGAUACGUACGGUCCAUAUCGUAGCGAAGCCGAUGAUGAGCUGGUAGAAGCUGAUCCAAAUGUUGGCGUACCAGAUAUCCAGAUCCACGUCUUUCAGUCCGAUCUCCUUGUACACAUUCGAUGCUGCAGCUGGCAACAGUGACACGAUGUAGAGAGUGAUCCAUCCCAUACUAGGAUCAGGCGUGUUUGCAUUGUCUUGGCCAGUAAGAGCGGGGAUCAAGUUGACCAUACCACCAUACAGCACGAGGAUGGAGCCCAAAAUGUGGCCGCGCUUGAAACGCGUCUGCAGGAACAUGUAGGACAGCACCAUAUUGAACGGCAGGUUGAGCUGGUUCAGUACGUUGGCCAUAUUCCCCCUAUGAAGACAGAAAAUCAUUAUUCAAUCUUCAAGACAUGAAAAAUACAUGUGGUAUAAUACAGUAUAACAUACCCGAUGUGAGGCGUGGGGAACGCGCCCAGCAGGUUGUAUAGCGUGUCGAACAACGCCAUAAGCAUG